GGCGGGGUAUGUCGAUCGGGGAUGAGCUUUAAACAUGAGAGCGUAACGCAAAGGUUGUGUUCGCCAUUAUAACAAUCCGUUUCGACCUCGAAAAGCGCUUCCAGCUGCAGGGGUGCAUGAGGAGCGACAGAGUAAAAAGUUUUACCUCGAUCAGGUAGCGAAGGAGGUGAAAGUAGGAGAGGAAGCGGGGGGGGCUGUGGUUGGAUUUAGUGAAAGAAAACAAUAUGGCCGCGGUGGAGCUGGAAUGGAUCCCUGAGACCCUGUACAACACCGCUAUCUCAGCCGUGGUCGAUAACUACGGCCGAUCGCGACGGGACAUCCGCUCUCUGCCUGAAAAUAUACAGUUUGAUGUGUACUACAAGCUUUACCAGCAAGGCCGGCUCUGCCAGCUGGGAGGGGAGUUCUGUGAGCUGGAGGUCUUCGCAAAAGUCCUCAGGGCUUCCGACAAAAGGCACCUCCUGCACCACUGCUUCCAGGCUCUGAUGGAUCACGGUGUGAAGGUGGCUUCAGUUCUGGCCAACUCCUUCAGUCGGCGAUGUUCAUACAUUGCAGAGUCAGAUGCGCAUGUUAAAGAAAAAGCUAUUCAAUUCGGAUUUGUUCUAGGUGGCUUCUUAUCGGAUGCCGGUUGGUAUGGAGACGCCGAGAAGGUCUUCCUGUCUUGUCUCCAGCUGUGCACGCUACACGAUGAGGUUCUUCACUGGUAUCGUGCAGUGGAGUGUUGCGUAAGGUUACUUCACGUGCGUAAUGGCAAUUGCAAAUACCACCUGGGAGAAGAGACCUUUAAACAGGCCCAGUCUUACAUGGACAAACUAGCCAAAUACGGUCAUCAGGCCAAUAAGGCUGCCCUGUAUGGAGAACUUUGUGCCCUGCUCUUUGCCAAAAGCCACUAUGAUGAAGCAUACAGGUGGUGUAUAGAAGCUAUGAGGGAGAUCACAGUUGGUUUACCUGUGAAAGUAGUAGUUGAUGUUCUCAGGCAAGCCUCUAAGGCUUGCGUUGUUAAGCGGGAGUUCAGGAAAGCUGAACAACUGAUAAAACAUGCAGUGUUUUUGGCACGGGAACAUUUUGGACACAAGCACCCAAAAUACUCAGAUACACUACUAGAUUAUGGAUUUUAUCUUUUAAAUGUGGAUAACAUCUGUCAGUCAGUGAUCAUUUACCAGACUGCACUGGAUAUACGGCAGUCAGUGUUUGGAGGAAAGAACAUCCAUGUUGCCACUGCACAUGAAGACCUGGCAUACUCAUCCUAUGUUCAUCAGUACAGCUCUGGUAAAUUUGACAACGCACUAUUCCACGCAGAACGUGCCAUAGACAUCAUAACUCAUAUUCUCCCUGAAGACCAUCUGCUGCUAGCCUCGUCCAAGAGGGUGAAAGCACUUAUUCUGGAGGAGAUUGCCAUUGAUUGCCAUAACAAGGAAACUGAGGAACGCCUCCUGCAGGAGGCCCAUGAUCUGCACCUUUCCUCCCUCCAGCUGGCCAAAAAAGCCUUUGGGGAAUUCAACGUUCAGACAGCAAAACACUACGGCAACCUGGGCCGUCUCUACCAAUCUAUGCGCAAGUUCAAGGAGGCAGAGGAGAUGCACAUCAAGGCCAUUCAGAUCAAGGAGCAGCUGUUGGGACAGGAGGACUAUGAGGUGGCUCUGUCUGUGGGACACUUGGCCUCACUCUACAACUACGACAUGAAUCAGUACGAUGACGCCGAGCGCCUCUACUUGCGCUCCAUCGCCAUUGGCAAGAAACUAUUCGGGGAGGGUUACAGUGGACUAGAGUAUGACUACAGAGGCCUCAUAAAACUGUACAACUCUGUUGGAAACUACGAGAAGGUCUUUGAAUACCACAAUAUUCUGUCCAACUGGAACCGUUUAAGGGACAGGCAGUUUGCAGUAGCGGACGCGCUGGAGGACGUCAACACGAGCCCCCAGGCCACAGAGCAGGUGGUACAGUCCUUCCUUCUGUCCCAGAGCCACGGAGCGGGACGCCCCUGCUUGGGCUAACGGCUGGGACGCCCAAUACUCUCAACUCGAAAAACACAUAGAUGUGCUCACACGCCCCAUUUUCACACACAUUCAUAGCGAUUUAUUCACGUGUAGUCAAGAAAGGCGUGGAGCGGGAUUAUGACCUCGAGCUUCUCAAGCUCUGAUUGGAACAACUUUUACAAGCAACUCCCCUCGCCCUGGUCUUUUUCCUUACCAUGGAACAGAAACAGCGUCAACUGUUCAACACUCGUAUGAUGAAUGGAAGUACUUCAUACAAACUGUUUCGUUGACUUCAAGAAGACUUGAAUAAGAAAAAAGAGCUUUCGGCGCUUUUUGAUUUUUGUGUCACCAUGAUUUUGAUUUUUGGAAUUGUAUGUACAUUCGUUUUGUAUCUGAAGGAGAGGUGCUCCACACUACAGGAAUAGUUUGUUUAUCACUGCAUUAUCUUUUUGUGGAGGAAAUGCUCGGCGCAGCACUCACCGAAUGAGAUUUGAUGGUGAAAGGUCCCAUUGUUCCGAUAAAUGAGUGAAGAAACAGCCGUACACAUGCGUGUACCCAUUAACCUGAGGAUUGAGGAUUACCUGUGUGCUCUCUGGAAAAUGAGAUCAGCCAUGUUACAUUAUGGACCAUUAUGUUUUUUUAAACAAUUCGUGACACGUGUGGAAUCUAUGGACCAGUUGCUCUAGAUACCACGUUUUAAGUUCUGGUUUUGUAUUCCUUUAGUACUGACAUAGCUUAUUUUAAACUGCCAAUAAUUUAUAUGCAAGGUAUGCUAUGACUUGUAGGUGUGUAACAUUGCAGAUGGAUGAGCCAAAAUAACUUCUCUUAACAAGUGUGAAACCAUAGUCGACGUCUUUUGCCAUAACCAUUCGAUUCAGCGAGGGGCAAGUAUGUUAAUCUGGCUUUCUAUCAGCCUUAUUACACAACACGCUUUCACAUACACACAAAAUAAGCUGGAGCGGCGGGGACCAGGUUUUCUUUCAGAGCUCAGGCGAUGGGCUGAGCACAGCACCUGUCUUUGUGUAGAGGCCAGAGAAUUGUGGGUAUUGCUCGCAAGGGGCACUAUGUUCAGAAUCUACACGGGUCCAUAACUGGCUUUGUGCUCAUUCAAAUCCUUUCAAGGAAUCUGGUUCACGUCUUAAAUUUCCAUGACGUGUUGUCACACCGUAAGAAUUUUUUUUUUUUAAAUCAACAACUAUGCUUAUUCAAUUGGCACACUACAAACCGUUUUUGCAUCUGCAGGCUAAGUGUUGUUGUGGUCUAUCAUUUAGCAUGCGAUGCUAAUGUCUUGCGCUAAACUGAAGUCCCAGCCUUAGUCUUAAAGGACUCUCAGUUGCUAGGCAUCUGCUUUGUCAGCCUUUUUCAUAACUAGACCUCCACCUGCCCCAUCUGUAAACCGAGCAACAGAUCACCUGUGACAUGCGAGGGACUUCACAUUACAGCCUCUUUCACUCCUUAGAAAUCCCUUCAUUGUUGCGUGUAGAGGCUUGAUGUUGCUAAAUUCGAUUUCUGGUGUCUCUAUCAUACUAGAGAUAGCAGAACGGGGUUGCCGGAAGGUAUUCGCCUUGGUCAGAGAGAUAAAGAUGGAGUAAUGGAAUAUUAUAACAAAUAAACUGUGAUCUUGAAAACUUUGUAAGUGCAUUUCCAUUGACAAUUUGCAGUAAACGGACGUUUAGUGGAGUUCUCAUAUCAGAAGAUCUAGAAAAAAGGUUCUAAGCUGUGAAACAAGUGUAUGCUGAAUGAAUUUAUAACGUAGCUCUGAUUGGCUCUGAAUGUGGUUUAAGGGCUCAUUUGUCAACGUUAAGUGGCGAUUCACGAUUGGAAAGAAAUCUCGAGAUUGAUUAAAUCCAAAGGAUUUCUCUGUCGGAAUGGGCCACAGUUUCCAAAAACAAAGGUGCUUCUCUGUGUUCUCAUUCUUUGCAUGUUUAACUAACUGUGUACAUAGAUAUAGAUGUAUAGCUACAAUUGGUAUUGUCCUAGUGAACUCCAUAAAAAAAUAUAACUGGUUCUAAAGUGUUGAACUGAUCACAGAAAUGAACACCACCCCUUGACAAUAAAGGCGAUCCUGAUGGCAAGCAAAUGUCCUGUAUCACAAAGACGUGUUGACAUGGUUGUACACAGUAAAUAGCUUAACGCAAAAGCUGAUAAACUUGGGAUGUCACCAUAACCCUGCGUGUUUCUUUGAAAUGUGCCCUGAGAAGUUAAAGAGUGUUUAAAAAGGGACUGCAAACCAUGAAUAAUGCUCACUGCAUGAUAUAGCGCUCAUCACAUUGAUAACUCAUACAGAAGGGCCUUUAAAACGAUGCAAACCUUUAUAAAACCCUCUGACAUUCAUUUCUGCAAUGUGUGUGUGUAUGCUGCAACGUAGAUUGUGUUUUAGCCAAAGUGCUGUUUCUGAUUUCUCUUGCAUCACGCUGGUACCCUGAGCAUCAGGUAGGGUACGGGACCCUUUAAAUGGCAAAAACACAACAUAGAAGUGGAAGUGAGCUCUGAUUUGAUUUGAAAUACCUUUUUGUGUCCGUAUCCAUUUGAGACUAGAAUGCAGUGUUUUUGAUGGGGUCCGGUGACGAAGAGGAAAGUGAUUAAUACUGACGGUUUCCAUGGAAACGUCAGUAACCUGUGCCACAGUGAGCCUCUGCUUGGAUACAUGUAGGGUUUGGUCUUUGGCUUUAUGUAACUCGCACCUCAGUAGAGUCUGCUGUACAUUGUACAUCUGUAACCACCAAAUCAUUAUUAAACACAAUUGUAUCCACCGUUGUGAAAAUCUGUAACUAAUUAUAACACACACAGAAAAAAGAAUAUAGAACUGUCUUACAAUGAGCAAUAUUGCUUUCAAAGUAUUAAAAUGCUUUAUUUUUGGCCUUUAAAUGUUUUU